UGGGACGUUGUGGAUUUAAGAAGUUCGCUGAGGUGUCUCUCUGUGGUGUUGGCGUUUUUUGGGUGCACGUGUUGUGUUGAUAAAUUCCUCGGCUUCGUCCAAGAGCAGUGAGGAGCGUUCGUAGCCCGGCGAGGCCCCGCCAGCCAUGCACUCCCAGCGGUGCCCCGUAGCCAAGCUCCGCGCAGCCGCCCAGCAGAACACCAAGGGGCCGGGCUACUCGGAUCUACCCCACGGGAUCUUCGGGCUGCGGGACCCGAAGCCCCCGAAGGAGAAGUUCCGCCGCAGUCAGAAGGAGCGCUCGGCCAAGAGUCCGGAGAAGACGUCUUUCUUCCAGAAAUUUCACGGAGAGGCCGCUGCCCCGCCUCUGCCCCCUCAUCCGCAGAUGUACAGCGAGGACGCGUGGCACCCGGCCUUCGCUCCCGAUGACCAGCAGGUGCUGUUCAACGACGCGCACCGCCCGCUGGGCCGGCCCGGGGAGUACCUCAUCUACAACGAGAAUUGCGCCGUCCACGGGCACCGUCGAGCAUCGUCGGGGCACUACAUUAUUCCAAAGAGUGCCAGCUGCCCGGCCCCUGCCCGCCCCUUCACGCGGCAGAGCAUGGACGUCGAGCGCCUCAAAAACUGGCGUCGCAACUCCCUGACACUGACAGCGCCCCGAGGCCAGGGCGACGCCAGCCGCCAGCGCGCAGCCUCGUCCGAGAGACACACCUCGAAACCCUCCUCCCGAUUCCGCUACGACCACUACGACACGUCAUCGUCGUCGUCCGAGAGCAGCACGCCGUCCCUGCUGACACUGUCGUCGUCGUCGUCGGUUGUGAAGAGCGCCUCGCCCGACGACCCGCACCACCGGCGCUCGCAGUUUCGCCGCGCUUGGUCGCUCUUCAUCGGCUGCGACGAGAGCCCGAAGGAGAAGCCACCGCCGCAGCGUAUCCUCAGGCAGCCGACGCGACACGUCUACAGGAGAGGCAUCUCUGGGCUGCCCAUCGAGUGUACGAACAGAUACCUGGGUGUCGCCUUCUGACCCCCGCGGCCCGCUCGAUGUGAUGCUGUGACGCGCGUGAAGACGGGGGCGCUCUUCUGGGGCAUUCACAAGAAGCUGAACGCCUUCUUCUGACGCUGAACAAAGGUUCUUAGAGAUGCUAUUUCCGAAUGUCGGUUUUCUCAACAUCAUGGUUGAUCUAGGGAAAGGACAUAGAAGAACAAUUAUAUGUGUGUGAGCGUGUGUAUGUGCAUUUGUAUGUGUGUGAAAAUAAGAGGUUGGGAAAUGGACUAAGUGUAUGAAAAUUCAUCUUUAUCUCUUUAUUUGUAGAAUAAUUUAGCAAUUAAUUUAACUCACUUGAGAGUCUUUAUAUCGAUUAGGGCGUUCGCAAGCUAGGUGGCAGCAGCAAUGUUUUAAAACAUUUUAAUAAAAUUGCUCCCAUGUUUGGAGUAAAUUAAUAUCAUAAUACAAGGCAUGUUGGCUUUUUGUGGAGAGGAAAGAUCAACUCUGACAAUUUUACAUUCAAUUCUUACGUAAAUGCUCAUUUAUGAUACCCAGUCAAAGAUAUCCUUGUGUGUGUGUGUGUGUGUGUGUGUGUGUGGUGUGUUUGUGUAUGUGUGUGUG